AUGGCAUCAAGACUGGAUCGUCUCGUGACGAUCCUAGAGACAGGCAGCACAAAGCUGAUCAAGGACACGGCUGUUAACCAGCUUGCGGAUUGGCAAAAACAGCACCCAGAGGAACUGUUCAACCUUCUUUCCAGAGUCGUACCGUAUCUUCGCCAUAAAGAUUGGGAUACCAGAGCGACUGCUGCUAAAGCUAUUGGAAAGAUCGUUGAAAAUGCUCCUUGCUAUGAUCCAAAUGAGAGCGAAGUCUCUUCGUCUACUAAGAAAGAAGAGCUUACUGAGAAUGGACAUAUCAAGAAGGAAGAGGAACCUGAGGUUACCGUAACCUCUGACUUGUUCAAACUAGAAACUUUGGAUGUAUCAAUGAUCCUCAAAUAUGGACGAGAGCUGCUCAGAACAGGGAGUGUCGAUCUUGGACUUGGUAGCCUUGAACCGCAAUCCCGACUUGCCCACCAAAAAAAGACUCUCUUGGGGCGCCUCGGUCUAUUGGGCCGGACGUUCGAGGAUGAUGAAAUACCCAUUCAAGUUGAGAAGUCAGCCAGUCCUAUGACACCACAAGACUCCUCAUUAAAUCAGAAUGGAUUAGCUCGUCAAGAGAGCAUGAACGGCUCUAGCGUAGGUCAAACAUCCGACGAAGCGGGUUUGAGUGCACGCCAAAUCAAUCAGCUUAGACGUAAGCGGAAACGAGAAGCACAAAAAGCCGCCCAGGGUAAGGGCGGCUUUGGUGAUCUUUCAAUAAGACGCUCUUUCACAGACAAAUCAGACAUGGACGACGCGCCCAUGCCCGAUAAUGACUCGAAGAAAAAUGGCAAAUCAGACUACUUCUCUUUGGAGCGUCCUGACAAUAUUGACGAGGACAGCAAAGUCGUUUCUGAGUUCAAGGGUCCCGUCAUCCCCAUCAAGUCGGAGAUCGAGACUGAAGACGAACUGCAGGGUGCCGAAUGGCCAUACGAACGACUAUGCGAGUUCUUGAAGGUCGACAUUUUCGAUCCCCAGUGGGAGACGAGGCAUGGUGCUGCACUAGGUCUGAGAGAAAUCCUGAGAGUCCAUGGUGCCGGGGCUGGUCGGUUGAGGGGGAAGAAAAGAGCAGAGAAUGACUUCUCCAACCAGCAAUGGCUUGAUGACAUGGCAUGUCGUUUAUGCUGUGUUCUCAUGCUUGACAGGUUCACAGAUUAUGCAUCCGAUACGUCCGUUGCUCCUAUCCGAGAGACAGUCGGACAGACUCUGGGCUCAUUCCUGAAGCAUGUUUCUCCGGAAUCCGUGUAUAGCAUAUAUCGUAUUCUCCACCGCAUGGUCUUGCAGCAACAGGAUCUGGGACUCGACCGCCAAAUCUGGUCAGUCUGCCACGGAGGCAUGGUCGGCUUACGUUAUGUCGUGGCUGUGCGAAAAGAUCUUUUACUGCAACACAGUGACCUCAUCGAUGGUAUCAUUCAAGCUGUCAUGAAAGGCCUUGGCGAUGCUGAUGACGAUGUGAGAUCCGUCAGCGCCGCAACCCUGAUUCCUAUGGCUUCGGAGUUUGUCGCCAUGCGCCCAGCAGUUCUGGACGAGCUUAUCAGCAUAGUAUGGGAAAGCUUGUCCAGCCUCGGCGAUGACCUGAGUGCCAGUACAGGCAAAAUCAUGGAUCUUUUGGCCACUCUCUGCGGCUUCCCUGAAGUCCUCGAGACCAUGAAGAAAUCUGCCCAGCAAGAUGAGGAGCGCUCUUUCAAGGAACUGGUACCCCGUCUUUAUCCGUUUUUAAGACACACAAUUACAUCUGUCCGACUUGCAGUGUUGAAGGCCCUUAUGACUUUUGUUCAUUUGGGAGAGGAGUCGCUUGGAUGGUUAGAUGGUAGGACUUUACGCCUUAUAUUUCAGAAUCUUUUGGUCGAGCGAGAUAUUGCCGCACUUCACAUGUCCAUGGAUCUUUGGUUAGCACUGGUUAAGUGCUUAAGCCAAGAUCCCGAACGCCUUUCACAGGAGUUCCUUCCACACAUCGACGCGCUUAUGCAGCUCACAUUACAUCCUGUUGGUAUUUCACGGAAUCCCAUUCCUAUGAAUGGAGCCUUAUUCCAGAAGCCUUCAGGAGGCACUUACUCUGUCCUUGGCUUCAUGCACCAGUCUUCACGAAAGGGAUCGGAACCUGAUGGCGAGAGAGCAGCGAAAAGGCGAAAGAAGUCUACCAAGGUGGAUGAACCCCCCACCACCUCUCACUCACACGACCUAGAUGGCCACAUGAUGCAAGGCGAUGUGGAUCUCGUGGGUAUGGAUACUCUGGUCCGAUCACGCAUCUUUGCAGGCAGGGCCAUGGGUUACAUAAUGUCACUAGUGCCUGUGUCCAGGUUGGAAGCUUUUGACGCAACUCUAGUGCCCGGGUUUACAUCGUCAUACUCAUCAACACAGCUGUCUGCAUGCGUCAUCAUCGACGAAUAUGCCAAAAAUAGCAGUACAGCGGGCACAGAACAGAGAUACGUCGAUGAGCUACAGAAGAUUAUCGACUCUGAGCGACCUUCCCACUACCGUGACCUUGUCAGCUAUGUGCAGAGAGUUCGCUCGCAAUGCUCACAAUUAAUUAACCUAUUCCGAGACCACGGCAAGGUCUCCCAAAGCAAACUACCCACCCUACCUGUGGUCGUCCAAGGCGAGGCGGAAGCUGGCCCUAAUGCCUUCUCGAUAUCUAUCGCCGAGAAGUGCGUUGGUGACGAUUAUGAACGCCUAAGAAAAGCCAUGGCGCCUGCUCAGCGACUUAUCACUACCACCGAUCUGGCAGAAGCCAGGAAGUCAACUGUUUCGGCAAUCCAGGAGGCAAAGGUGGCCAAGGAUGGUCGUGAUGUCCGCGUUAAGGCUGCUGCCGCUUGUGCGCUAAUCGCAAUGAAGAUACUGCCCAAAAAGCCUAGCCCACUCAUCAAGGGUAUCAUGGACAGCAUCAAGCUCGAGGAGAACUAUGUUCUCCAAGUUCGAUCUUCCGAGACAAUAUCUCGUCUUGUACAACUCUUUACUGAGAAGGGCCGACGAGCUCCUGCAGACAAAGUCGUCGCCAAUCUUGUCAAGUUUUCCUGUGUUGAGGUAGCCGAAACCCCUGAGUUUCCUGUACACGCCGCCAAGACAAACAUCGUUCUGUCAAUGCAGAAGGAAGAAGACCGCGUCGAUCAUGAUGACCCUGAGAAGUGGGCUCGUGAAGCAAAAGCCGCACGUAUUACCAGGCGUGGUGCAAAGGAAGCUUUGGAGAUACUGUCCCAGGUCUUCGGUGCUGACAUCUUUGAUAUAGUUCCGAGCCUGAAAAAAUACAUGGAAGAACCGCUGAUCGCGGCUUUCUCUGGUGAUUUGCCCGCUGAUGCAAGGAACCCUGACCUUGCGCUAGGCCAGGAGAUAGUUGAUGCCAUGUCAGUCAUCCGCACUAUGGCGCCAACUCUGAACCCAGGACUGCACUCGUUCAUCAUGCAGAAACUACCACUCAUUAUCAAAGCGCUUCAUUCAGACUUAUCUAUCUAUCGCUAUAUGGCCGCCAAGUGCAUUGCAACAAUUUGCAGCGUGCUUCCUGUCGAGGGCAUGACUGCCCUUGUUGAGAAAGUCUUGCCGUCCAUUAACAAUCCUAUUGAUCUUCGCUUCCGGCAAGGCGCAAUCGAGGCUAUCUAUCACUUGAUCGCGGUUAUGGGAGACGGUAUCCUGCCCUAUGUCAUCUUCCUCAUCGUUCCAGUUCUGGGACGCAUGAGUGAUUCCGACAACGACAUUCGUUUGAUUGCAACAACGUCGUUUGCAACGCUGGUCAAAUUGGUACCCUUAGAGGCUGGCAUACCGGAUCCACCUGGACUUUCUGAAGAAUUACUGAAGGGCAGAGACCGGGAACGCACAUUCAUGGGCCAACUCCUCGACCCAAAGAAGGUUGAGAACUUCACUAUCCCUGUCUCAAUCAAUGCUGAGCUGCGUUCUUACCAACAAGAUGGUGUCAACUGGCUCAACUUCCUCAACAAAUAUCACUUGCAUGGUAUCCUCUGCGAUGAUAUGGGUCUUGGUAAAACGUUGCAGACUAUCUGCAUGGUCGCAAGUGAUCACUACAACAGAGCCGAAGAAUUCAAGAAGACCGGUGCGGCAGACGUGCGGAAGCUCCCGUCGCUCAUCGUCUGCCCACCUACACUUUCGGGACAUUGGCAACAGGAGUUAAAGACAUAUGCACCAUUCCUGGCCGUAACUGCUUUCGUGGGUCCGCCUGCUGAGAGGAGACUCAAAGCGGACCAGUUCGCUACGUCAGACAUUGUGAUCACUUCUUAUGAAGUAUGCCGUAACGAUACCGAAUAUCUCGAAAAGCAAAGUUGGAACUACAUUGUGCUGGAUGAGGGUCAUCUGAUCAAAAAUCCCAAGGCUAAGAUCAGCGUCGCGGUCAAGAAAUUGCCAAGUAAUCAUCGACUGAUUCUCACCGGUACUCCUAUCCAGAACAACGUGCUCGAACUCUGGUCUCUAUUUGACUUCUUGAUGCCUGGCUUUCUUGGUACAGAAAAGGUCUUCCUUGACCGGUUUGCAAAGCCUAUUGCUGCCAGUCGUUUUAGUAAGGCAUCAUCAAAGGAGCAAGAGGCUGGUGCUCUUGCGAUCGAGGCACUCCAUAAACAAGUGUUGCCAUUCUUGUUGCGUCGUUUGAAAGAAGAGGUGCUAGACGAUCUCCCCCCCAAGAUUCUUCAGAACUACUAUUGCGAUCUUAGCGAUCUGCAACGCAAACUCUUCGAAGACUUCAACAAGAAGCAAGGUACUAAGAUUCAGGAGGUGGCUGGUCGUGAAGACAAGGAUGCAAAGCAGCACAUAUUUCAGGCUUUGCAAUACAUGCGGAAGCUGUGCAACUCCCCUGCGAUGGUUAUGACCCCUGCCAACAAGCUGUACGAGGAUACACAGAAACUCCUCGCGAAACAGGGCACAAGCAUUGACGAUCCUGUUCAUGCACCGAAACUCACUGCGCUCAAAGAUCUCCUGGUCGAUUGCGGCAUCGGAGUUGAAGGCACAGAGUCUAACGAUCCGUUAUACCAGCCUAUCAAACCGCAUCGUGCCCUUGUUUUCUGCCAGAUGAAAGAAAUGCUCGACAUGGUUCAGAAUACCGUUCUCAAACGCAUGUUGCCAUCUGUGUCCUACUUGCGACUUGACGGGUCUGUGGAAGCCAACAAGCGUCAAGACAUCGUCAACAAGUUCAACAGCGACCCAUCUUAUGACGUUCUCCUCCUCACUACAAGUGUUGGUGGUUUAGGCCUUAAUUUGACUGGUGCCGAUACGGUCAUAUUUGUUGAGCAUGACUGGAAUCCUCAACGUGAUCUCCAAGCCAUGGAUCGCGCUCAUCGUAUUGGCCAAAAGAAGGUUGUCAACGUGUACCGUUUGAUCACGAGGGGUACUUUGGAGGAGAAGAUCUUGAGUCUGCAAGCUUUCAAGAUUGAUGUCGCCUCCACCGUCGUGAACCAACAAAACGCGGGAUUGGGUACCAUGGACACAGAUCAGAUACUCGACCUCUUCAGCUUGGGCGAUGCAGGGCCUAGCCUCAUAUCCGACAAACAGAAGGAUGGCCACGAGGGACGCGAGGAGGACAUGGUCGAUGUUGAAACGGGCGAUGUACGUGCACCGGGCAAGAAAGCCUGGAUCGAUGAUCUGGGCGAACUCUGGGAUAACCGCCAAUAUGAGGAAAGCUUCGAUCUGGAUGGAUUUAUGAAGACAAUGCAGUAG